CCCUUAAAUCUCCCCCCACACGUCACACGUGUGAUAAACAUUCAUCAGUUAAUAUGCCGAAGGCAGCGAAAGGUAAGGGACAGGUGGAGAAGAAGGCUAUUCACCCAUACAGCAGGAAAGCUGCAUAUCUGGCAAGAGCUGCCAUCAAACAAGAUAGGAAAGAAAAGUCAAAGGGUGAAAAGGCACAGCGUCUAAAUUUGAUUGGUGAAAAACUUUUGUGGUUCCAAAGCCAACUGGACCCUGACAAGUUAGAAUACACCAAACGUGAUGCUUGUGAAGUAAUUGAGAGGUACCUUCACCGGUUUGAUGGAGAGUUGGAGCAGAUUGAGUUAGCGAACAGUAUUAAAGGACGACAGGGUCGUCAGCAUGGAUCUAGAGAGGCUAUCAUCAAUCAAACAGUAGAGCGAGAGAGAGCUCAGUAUGAAGGCAGUGGCUUUGAAAUCCCUGACAUUAUCAAUUCUAAGCAUCUGAAAAUAUUCAGAGAGUGGAGCGGUGACCUCAAGAAACUUCCCAACAUUAAGAUGAGAAAGGUUUCAGCCAAACGCUCUGACAGUACAUCGUCUGCAGUUUCACAAGAUAAACACAUGGAGGAAGAUAAUGAGGAAGAUGCAUCUCUGAAUUCCAUAGUACUGUGAAAUCCUGCAGCUCUACUACAGUACAGAUUACUGUAGAGUAAUGGACAACUUGCUGUGUGCAAGGACAGAAAGGGCAAGACUGUGCGUUUUGUGCUGCUAGUGCUUUUUACUU